AUGAUACAAUUUGGCGAGAUAUACGACGCUUUUGAACAGGCACAAAAAAAAUGGCGCACCAAGGCCAAGAAUACAGUCGCAGCUGCCACCCAGGAAAUAUUUGACGUGUUCGAAAUGGAAGGUACAAUCAAGCCAAGCAUUCCCAAUCUUGAAAGUGCAAUCAAGACCUUGGCAACUCUGAUCAGUCCCGAUAAUCCGAAACUCAAGAUUACAUACCGUGGCUGUCGCGAUAACUUGAGUGUUGCCCUUAUGACUCUCCGAGAAUCCUUGCUGAGACUUUGGUCAUUGGUUAAAAGGGGUAUCAAGGAAAUACGACUGGAUGGCGAACGUGAGGCACUGGAGCAUGCCGAACGUAUGGAGAGAAUGCGAGAAGUUGAGCACGCAUACGAAGAGAGACUUCGGAAGGUGAUUGGUGUUGACGCUACGGAUGAAAAUUAA